GUACAUUUGAGGUCUGGGCGCCUGGAGCCCACUGAAUUCGGGAAGAAAAUGAGAUGACUUCGAAAGUGUUGCCCACGAAUUGCCCACGUUGCACAUAAGAGUUAACCGUGGAUUUGUUGGGAAAAGUCCUUCCGAUCGAGGGAUAUGUAACGGCGUAUAUGGAAGGAGUCGGGAGUACUAAUACGGACCAGAUCAUCUCAUCAUAACAUGCUUCUCUGCGCCAAAUCACUCAUUAGACUCACCCUUCGUCCAUCUCAACGAAUCGCAAUCGCCCACAGACCCCUCAUGGCCGACGUUAUAAUCUCCGAACCUUCUUCGGAUAAAAUCAAGGUCCUACCACACAAUCAAUAUCAAACCUUAGACCAUCUUUCUCCAUCCACAGUACUACCAUCUCCAUUAGAUCAAUUCCACGUAUGGUUCAAAGAAGCCGUGCAAGGAGGCGUUCAUGAACCAGAAGCAAUGUCUCUAUCCACCGCUACUCCAAACGGCGUGCCAUCAGCACGAAUCGUACUCUUCAAGCAAUUAGAUUCCCGUGGAUUCGUCUUCUUCACCAACUAUACUUCUAGAAAGUCCCGAGAACUGGAUUCUAAUCCGAACGCCGCGCUCGUAUUUUAUUGGAGGGAAAUACAUCGAUCCGUCAGAGUAGUUGGCAUUGUGGAGAAAAUCAGCCAUGAGGAAAGCGAGGAAUAUUUCAAGACAAGACCGUUAGGAAGUCGACUAGGGGCUUGGGCAAGCGAGCAAAGUACAGUGGUCGAGGAGGGCGAGUUGCAAGCGCGUUUGAGGAAGAUAGAGGAACGUUUUGGUGUCCGUGAAGGGGACUUAGAAGCAUCUGUACCAUUACCUGAUUACUGGGGCGGAUGGAGAGUCAUUCCAAACGAGAUUGAGUUUUGGAGCGGGAAGCCCUCUCGACUCCAUGACCGUAUUCGUUACCUGCGGAUCGAAGGGACGGCGCAAGAGAACCCUCGGUGGCAAGUUGAUAGACUUUCCCCUUGAUGGUGUAGUAGACAAACACAUGUUGUUUCAUGUAGAAAUAAAUACAUGUUCGCACAUUCUUUAUUUUCCGUGCUCUCCGUCUUUGCACCAAGUUGUAAACAAAAGCG